AUGUCUACCAAAUCUGGCUCGGGCGCCCCCUCAACCAGCCCAGCGAAAGAUAAGCCAUUGGAGGCCGAUGUAUUACAAGAACUGGAGGGGCACUUCUCGCCUGAUCCGCUACGCGAGAAGGGCGCCUGGACCCCUCGCACCAGGUCUCAGGCGUCUAGCAAGAGUGAUGCCCCCUCGAACACAACUCCACGCGGUUCUCAGACGACGCCCGCGCGUGAUACUGCUGAUAAGGACGCGUCGGUGCCUGUCUCCAACCUCCCAAAAAACCCUGCCGCCGCGCCUUCGAAUCCCCAACCGAGUAAGUGA